AUCUGGCUGGACGACCUCCUGCCCCGCGUGGCGGCGGCCGCCACGUCGGACCCGCACCGCGCGUCGCGGGUGGCGGCCUGCGAGCUGCUGCACGGCCUCACCCUCUGGAUGAUAGGCAAGAACGCGCACCGCAUCAUCGCGGCCGAGGGGCCUGGCGGCGAGGAGGAGGCGGCCGCCAAGCCGACGAGGUUCAGCCGCAUCCUCGGCAGGCUGUACCCAGUAAUGCUGUCCCUGGCCGCGGGCCACGACCCCCUGGGCCGCCAGCUGUUCGGCCCCCUGAUCACGUCACUCGUGCACUGGAUGACGAG